CGAACACUUCAGCAACAACGAUAUGUUCAAAAAUCGACCUCGCCAACAGCUGUACCAAACAAUGCUCAGAGCUUUGUCGGAAAUGUCCCCUCUCCGGCGGCACCAAACCAACAGUGGACGGCCCUGCCAAGCCAAACGAUGUCCGCGACCAUUGAACCUCUUCACACCAAUCCUCCCAGCAUUUCCCAACGAGUCGCCGCUCGCCCAAGAGUCAGCAACCUCGAUGAGUGUUGCAAGUUAUCAAUUUUCUACGACCGAGCAAGCACCAUCUCCGGUGACGGCAGCGCCAACACAGCACGCUUUGCGUACUGAGGCGCCGGGUUUAGCCUGGCACGGUCAACCCCAGAGACUUCAAUCUCCCGUAGAGCAGACACAUGCGCGGCCGAAUGCGCAUGUCUGGGGACCAUCAAGAAGUCAGCAAGCUAGUUUCGGUGCUUCUUACGGUGCGCACUGGUCCAGUGGCUCACCUGUUUCAGCUCACUCACCUGUAUUCCCGGUCACUGGGGCGAGUAGGCAAUAUCCAUCCGGAUUCCCCGUAGUGCAGGCUUCGAUGGCUAUCAGUACGAUUCACAGAGGGCGGGCUGUUCAGCCUCUACAACCCUUUGUGACACAGCCAAUACCGACGAAACCAAUCUCGACCGGCCUCUUGUUCCCAGGCCGCGAUGACCGAAUUGCCACCAACGAAUAUCCGGGUGAUCCGCAGAGUAACCACUGCAUCAUGCAAUCCCUUCAUCAUGCCCACAUUCGUAGUCCAAAGCGCCUUCCUAUACGACCAGAAGCACUGAACGAGCGGUAUUACCAGUCAGUCAGGAGACUCGCGCUAGGCCCUAACUCAAUUGCCCCUGGAGCCGCGGUCCAGAAAUUCAGCUUCCACUUGGGUCCUAAGGAUCGUGAUCGUUUGACACAUGUCGAAACUGAUCCCGAUGAUCUACUACCUCUUCAGAGAUACACCAACAGAACCUUACGCGUCCGGAUUCGCUGCUGCUAUCUGCUCGACCACCAGCAGCACAGUAUCACUGACGGCGACUGGGUCACGAAAGAUGUUGUCUGGCCUGAACACAUUUUUCUAGAAGUCAAUCACUCUGUCUUGCUCAAGGGCAAGGGUAACCGCGAGAGGAUCGUCCAGGAGCUCCUGCGGAAGAACCGGGCCUUGGAAGACGAACUAUUUCGGUGCAAGGAAACUAUGAGACAGGCAUUAAGGCCUCCUAGCCCGGCUCAGGGAACGAGUUUCCCGCCGUGACGGGCGGUGUUCAUCGACAGUCCCAAUGUACGAUAUCCUACGUUCUGCGAGCGCCGUGGCAUGUUCAUUGCUAUUUACCACGCCUUCUGGCCAUCCAUGCAUCGUCUCUUUCUUUUAUCC